AUGGCGGUCCAGACCAAGAUUACGACGGCGACGUCGGUUCUGAUCCCAAUCUACAUCCCGUCAUUCGUUUUGAGCUACCUGGCGCAGCCGCAGGCUGAAAUUAUUAAGGAGAUGCAAGUCUUGUUGGCCGAAAAGGCCGUUGUGGACGACGACAACAACGAGGAACGAAUCGAAGAGGAGGUUGUUGAUAUCACCAGCUCCACGUCCAUCCAGCCAAGGCCCCUCAACGGUCUACGCACCCUGCUCCUGGGUGUCCCGAGCCCCAGCAAGCUUUUGUCCUUCCUGGCCGUCCUCACCAACACCAUCCUCGUGGCUCUGGUAGCCGACCGCCUGUACUCGGAGCACGCCAUCACGGCCGACGACCUUUCGUUUGUGCGCCUCGGCUACGUCUCCGACACCGAGGCCAAGUUCUUAAUCCGCGAGCCGGAUCAGGCGAAAAUGCCCGUCUCCAUCGACCUCCGCAUGCGCGACGCGCAGCCGCCGUUUGACAAUCCCCUGUGGCAGACCGCCGGCGGCGCGCGGUGGACGGACAACAGCACCGACUACACGGUCGUGGUGAACGUCAAGAUCCCGCACCCGGGGCAGCGCGUGUAUGAGUGGCGGACCUCCAACAACCACUCGGGCGAGUUCGUGUCGGGACUCAAGGCGGGCGUCGCGCCCGCCCUGCACGACGGCAACUUCACGUUUGUGGCGACGUCGUGCAUGAUCUCGCGCGUGCCGUACACGCCGCUGGACCACCCACUGGCGAUCCCGGGCACGCGGCACCUGGCACGCGUGCUGCCGUCACUGGGUGCACAGUUCAUGCUGUUUCUGGGUGACUUUGUCUAUGUCGAUACGCCGCGCUGGUGGGGCAAGUCGGUCAGCGACUACCGCCAAAAGUACCGCCAGGUGUAUGCGUCGCCGGACUGGAACCCGAUUGCGCAGAACCUCAGCUGGAUCCAUGUGCUCGACGACCACGAGAUCGCUAACGACUGGGACAAGCGGGAGACGGGUAUCUACCACGCCGCUGUGGACCCCUACCACCACUACCACACGGCGGCGAACCCGCCGCUGGCCCGCCAGGCAGGUGCCGGGGGUCUGCUGCGCGGCGCGCGGGCGGGUGCCACGUACUUUGAGUUCUCGCAGGGCCCGGCCAGCUUCUUCAUGCUGGACACACGCUCGUACCGAUCGAGCAAUUCGAUGCCUUUUGACAGCGCGAACAAGACGAUGCUGGGCGCAGACCAGCUGGCCGAUUUCCUGGCGUUUCUGCGGCGGCCCGAGCCACGCGGCAUUAAGUGGAAGAUUGUGGCGUCGUCGGUGCCGUUUACCAAGAACUGGCGCAUUAACACGCGCGACACGUGGGGCGGAUUCCUGGUCGAGCGCCAAAUCAUUCUGGAGGCCAUGUGGGAUGCCGGCCUGCAGGGCGUGGGCGUCGUGAUUCUGUCGGGCGACCGGCACGAGUUUGCGGCGACGCAAUUCCCGCCGCCGGCGCCCAACGCGUCGGACCCGGCUGCACCACCUGCGCGCUGGCCCGCCAGUGUGGCCGUACACGAGUUCUCGGCGAGCCCGUUGAGCCAGUUCUACUCGCCCGUGCCGAGCUACUUCCAAUGGGGCAGCGAGGAUGUCAAGAUUGCGUACAUUUACCGGGGCAACUCCAAGUUUGGCGCCAUCACGAUCCUGCCUCCGUCCGCAUCCACCGACCGCGGCGACGCAGCCGCGGGGUCACACAGCCGGCUGCAGUACCGUCUGUUUGUGAACGGCAAAGAGGCAUGGAACACCAUCCUCGAGACACCCGAGGCGCUGGAGGGGUCCAAGUCACGGCCCAAGUCGUUCUGGAGCAAGCUUUUGGGAUAG